GCCGAGGGGCGGAACCGAGACCCACACCGGCCGGCCGAAUGGAGGCUCAAGACGGGGCCGGCAUUCUAGAACUGACUAAAGAAAUCCAGUCGUCGCAGACAGCUUUGGUAGUGCCAGGCCAUGGCACAGGGGAAGAGUCCAGCACCCCCCUGGGAGAGGAGGAGGAGGGAGGGAUUCCCAUCCCUGCUCCUGGGCUCCUACAGGUCACCGAGAGAAGGCAACCUCUGAGCAGCGUCUCCUCACUGGAGGUCCAUUUCGAUCUCUUGGACCUUACGGAGCUGACAGAUAUGUCUGACCAAGAACUCGCUGAAGUCUUUGCAGACUCAGAUGAUGAGAAUGCUGCAAAUGAGUCUCCAGCAGUUUCUACAGCUCUCGGGGGUACGUUGGGUCUUCUUCAGCAGGUUUACACACACACCCGCUCCCUCGAGCUGGGUAUCUGCGUUCCCCCUCCUGGACCCGGACCAAAGCUGAACAAAACAGAGAAAAAAAGCAUCUCAGUGACUCUGAGCUGCAGGCUGGGGUCGUGGACACUUUUCUCACUAUAGAGAGGCCCAAGGAAGACUAGGCUCUUUUCUAACCUGCCCUGGGAACUGCAUUAAGGGGCCAAGAUGGGAAUGUCCACAGUUGCACUAAUCACAAAUUCUGGACGAUUUGUGAUGCUGAAAAUAACCUUGACCUGAGAGACUUUGGCAAGACCUGCGGGGGAAAAGUUAAUUACGCAGCCCCUCCUUCAUCUCUGCCCAGACUGCUUUGCUUCCUUCAGUCCCAUUUCCGAGAGGUGGAGUCAGCUUGGUAUGAGCUGAGCCAUCCCUCCAGACUGCCAGUGUCCUACGGUGACGGCUGGCAGACAGAGGGAGAAGGGGUUGGAAGGAACUGGCAGGAAUUUUGGCACUUUAAGCUCCCUCUGUCUUGAGGUAUAUGCCAGUGCAUUAUUGGGUCUUCAGAGCUGGAGGUGUAGGCUGAAUUUGCCUUGAGUCCAACAUUCUGGCAAUGCUGGUCAAAGGAGAAGGAGUGAAGGUCUAAACCAACAGAUUCUUCUAAGACAGUUAAGUGCUAUAAGACAAAAGCAAAGCCCAGCCGCUGGGUUCCUCCCGCCACCCUUUAGUAUAAGCACAGUCUCUUUCCAGUGGCCUUACUCACAUCUUCUCUGUGCAUUGGAUCAAGACCUACAUGUAUUUUCUGUGGAAUGCUACUGCUUAGAAACCAGGACACUACACCUCUCACCUGAUCAGAAGCUUAGCAUCUCCUAGGGGGACUGCCUGGCACCCUAGCAAAACCACAGUAAAAUCUGGGACGGUCCCCAAUGUUACAGGGAUCAGGUGUGGGAAUGACGGUAAUGGCGGCCACUUCUCCGACAUCUGUGUACUGGUUUAAGGGACCCAGCUUCUCUCUGCUUAUCAACUCUUCUGGAAAGUUCCCCUUUUCAGAACUGGUGCUGUCCAGCUCUAAAAUGGUUCUGGGAAAGGCUGAAGAGUAGAAGACAGUUCAAACUGGUAACAUUCAAUUUACUUGUUUAUCUCCAGACCCAAUGGAUGGCCUUGAGGUUCCCCUUUUUCACAAAAGUGGCACCAAAUUCAGAAACUGGAGUGUUUGCAUUAGAAGGAAAAGGGAAAUUGCUUUUGUGUUCAAAUUCUAGAGGUUGCCUAGGGGCCGAGGACUCCCUUCUGAAGAUAUCCAUACUGAUUUGAUUCUUGCCACACUUUCAGUCAAGGGAGGUAGAGUUGGUGACUAAUCUCCUGUUCUCUCCUACCACCCAUCCUUCCCCAGAGUCCUUCCUUGGGUGAGAGAGCCGAGCACUAGAUCAGCUUUGUAACCUAGACCCUUUAUGACUUCUGGGCUGGGCUUUCUCUUGGUCACCUGAAGACUGAGGGGACUCUGGCCCCAUUCCCUACCUUGCUCAGAACACCAAAUAAUGCCAAAACUGCCUAAAGAACCACGGCACCUCCCUUAAACAAUUAAGGAGGGGGGGAGGAAAAGAGGCUCAUGAGACACUCCCCCUUUCCCGCCCGCCACAACCUUCUUAAUGGGCUACUUCUCAUGUUCCAAUAACAUGGAUUUCCUGUCCUACACAUCAUCUCCAGUUAAUCUCAUGUAAACACAUUAUACCCUAAAGUAACUUUGAGCCUGUGGCUGCCUGUUACAUCCCCACCGUCCUCUUUGCAUCCAUAUGGUACUGUCUGGCUUGGUGUCACUUGAUGCUGAAAGGAAGCAGGGACCAUUUUUUCUGGCUGUGGCUUCUGCCCAAAGGAGGGACUUCGAAGAUGACAACUUCUCACCAGCCGAGAUGCAGGAAGGUGAGGGAGACCUAGAAGUCCUGAAGAGCCGACAUCUCUUCUAAUCAAAGAGGUGCCCAGCCCAGCUGCUUGCUGGCAGUCCCCACAAUGUUUAAAUUCCAUUGUAUUAAACGGCAAGGAACCAGGGUCACCAGACUGGCACCAACCGAUGCCAUGUCAAAGAAUGCUUUCAGAAUAGGAUCCAAACUCACUUUUUCACUUGAACCAUAGAUCGUGGGGACCUUUGACCAUUUUCCUUUCUCCAUUCAAGCUCCUGAUAUGGAUACAAAGAAGGUUCUUCCAACGGAGAUGGAAUCAAAUAAAGUUGAGUCAAAUCUCUGAAUCCCUGCUGUUUUGCAGGGCACUGAGGGAGUAACAAGGAAGAACUAGCAACGAUUCUGGCCCUCAAGCAUCUCGCAGAUGCCAGUGACAGGAGAAGGCUUAGGGACUGAUUCCCUGAUUUCAGGGGCUGUUAACCAAGCCACUUCCCAAGAGCUCAGUAGUGCUGGCAAGUGGCCAGUUGGCAGAUGUACUGGCACCUCUCACUCCAACUGACAUGUACACGCCACUGGGGGCUUCUGGCUUCGUUCAGCUGGCUGGAAUACUCAACGCUUGUGUGUUUUGCUCUCCCUUCUGCAGAUACUUACAAACCAAGAAUCUGUUAAGAUGAACACUACCCAUUGCAUUCAACAAAUACGCCAUCAGGCCUGCUGUAUUCUUUGUAAUUAAUUUCCAGAAAAGCAGCCGUAUUAGAAAGUGGAGAAAUUUGCUUCCCUAAAUUAUAUAAAAAGGACCAAUUCCUGGGUUAACCUUUGUGCAUUUUCUUCCUGAACCAGUUCUACUACUGGGAUAUCAGUAUAGCCAAGUAAUCAUGUCAGUGGGUCAAGGUACUGAGCAAUAUGAUACUUGCCCAACACAAUAAAAAUAAAUUUCUCACCUUGUUUUGCUUUUCAACUUUAUUACAUGAAGGCAGCUAGAGCAGCACGAC